AUGUCGGACCACCUUGAUCCGCCGAGCGUCAGCACGGAUCUCGAGUCGCAGGUCGUGCCCGAUGAAGUUGAUGCUGCGAGCACACCAGCAAACGACACAGGCACAACGGGCCAAGUCGACGACGGCGCGGCAGGUACGCCGACAGAGGCCGAUGCCACAUACAGCGAAUGGACAGAGGCCCAAGGCGGCGCUCCGCCUGACGACGUGGGGUCGAGCGAGACGCCAACCGAGGCAGCACUUGAAGACACCAGCCUUGGCGCGCCGAUCGAGACAGCGUCCGAAGAGAGCAACUUGGGAGCGUGGAGUGACGGAACCGUGCUUGCAGACACCAAUGCAGAGUGGGUGCAAGGCACCGACGCAAAGGAAGACGCACCGAUGGAAGAGAACGAGAGCCAGUGGGCAACCGAUGAGGCACGCGACGGACCGCAAGAAAAUGACGGCACGUUUGGCGACAACACGGCUAAUGACGCCGACGACGUGGCUGAUGGCGCCGAGUGGGUCGACGGAACAGGCGACCAAGCAGAGGCGUAUCCAGACCCGGAUGACGCCACGGACGCGUGGCCACAACCAGAAGGAGACGCCGUUUCAAAUCAAACUGACAACUUUCAAAUGUGGCCAGGUCAAGAAAAUUUAGACCAAGACCAGGCGUACGGCGGCAUGGAUGAAGCAGUCAACCCCGAGAACGCUCUCAACCAAGCGCCCGGGUGGUCGUCGCUGGAUCCGAACACAACGUGGACACAGGAACCCGGUCGUGCGGUCGGCUGGUCGUCGUUCCACCCAGACCCUUCGUGGACGGACGAAGCCAGUGCUCCUCCGUUGGCAACAAGUGCCACCACAUCAAUCACGGCUCCGUUGCCUGCGGAUCUCGACGGGUUGCGCAAUCGUCCUGGCUCGGCCAAGAGAGCACUUACACGCGUCGAGAUGAUCAAGUACGCCAAGGACUUUGCCGCCGCGGAGCGUCUCGGCGCGGGCAAGUCGUUCUUUAAGACGACCAUGAAGGACAUUGCCGAGCUCGGUGUCGGCCUUCAGCUCUAUUUCCUCUUCACCAAGUACAUGGGUCUCUGCUUCGUGAUCAUGUCCGUGCUGGCAUUACCAGCGCUCGUCAUGCACGCGUCGGCCCGAGGCAUCGACACGCAGAUGAUCGACCCGAUGCGUCUCGGUCUCUUGACGAUCGCCAACGAAGGCGUCAACUCGACUGCGAACGCGACCACCGAGUGGUGCGCCGGCAACCCCUUCACGGACGACCCCCACAUCGUGAGCUACCUCAUCACCGCCUGCGACCUUCUCUACUCCCUGACGUUUGCCGCGUUCAUGUGGUUCUUCAAGAUCACGGCGAACCAAGUCAUUGCACGCAACGCCGACGCGAUUACGCCGGCGAAAUACGCUGUGUACGUGCGCGGCUUGCCACCGUCGGCGACCGAAGAAAGCAUUUUACAGCACUUUAACGCGCGCUACGACCCAACGGCCGAGAGGAAAGAGUACCCGAUGAAGCUCGGCUGCUGGGGCCGGCCCCGGGCGCCCAAGGUGCGAGGUGAUUUGACGCGCGGCGGGCGGCUCGCCAAGCCCAUGUAUCUGCGCACGUACGUGGCCGAAGUGAGCAUCGCGCACCCAACGGGCGGGCUCUUGCGGACGUUUCUGGCGAUGGAAUACCUCACGGCCAAGGCCGCCGAGCUCAACGACAUUCUCAGAACGCUCAAGGCGCUGCCCACAAUGGAUGCGGCCGACCGCCUUGAGAUCACAACCAAGAUCGAAGCGCAGCUGGAAAAGGUGACCGACACCCUCGAGAAGAAAACGAGCAAGCUCAAGGAGCUCCGCAAAAACCGCGCCAACAACCUCACCGACUGCGACUGCGCCUUUGUCGUCUUCAACAGCGUCGAGGCCCAGCGGCGGUGUCUGCGUGACUACCGCACGAGCCAGUACAGCUUGGCGCGCCGGUUCCAGCCCAAGGAGCUUCGGUUCCAGGGCACACACGCGCUCUGGGUGCAGCAAGCGCCCGAGCCGUCCAACAUCAUUUGGGAAAACCUCGAAGUGCCCGUGCGCGAGCGGCGUUUUCGGCGAUACGUGACCAACUUUGUGACCUUCUUGCUCUUGCUCGUGUCGUGCGCGGUCAUUUCGCUGGCGCAGAGUGCGCAAGCCACGUUUGCAGGGGACUCGAUCCCCAACUUUUGCUCCGAGGCGCUCCCGGCCGUCUUUACGGGCAACUACUCGGCGAUCCCGACGCUCAAGUGGCAACUCUACUGGAACCAAUACCCCAACAUGACGUGCCCGACGGGAAGCUACUACAUUUCGUACACCAACAACGUUGUGGUGCCGCAAAUCCAGGUCGGCAAUGCGACGCAGUGCGUGACCAACCACUGCAUCUCGGCGAUUCCAAGCCUCGAUACGACGUGCAGCACGCUCCCGUGCUUCCAGCCGGCGCUCAAGGACGACAAGACGCGGCCGUGUACGACGUACAAGGCAUCCGACCUCCUCAAAUGCUACUGCGAGCCCGCCCUCGAGCGCGCGAUUUCUCUCUACGGCUGGCUCGAUGGCCCCAAAAAGAUGUACAGCUACCAGCUGCCGUGCCAAGAGUACUUGUCGAAUUACGUCAAGAAGAAUGCGUCGCUCUUCCUCGCAGCGGCCACGGUCAUUGUCGUCAACCUCGUGCUGCAGAUGAUUCUCCGCGCCUUUGCCGACUUUGAGCGCCACGUGAGCGAGAGCGAGCGCGCGUCGGCCACGGUGCUCAAGCUCUUUUUCGCGCAGCUGCUCAACACGGGUAUCAUUGUCCUCUUGGUGAACGCCAACUUGAGUUCGGUGCCAUUGCCGUCGACGCUGCGGGAGAUCCUCAACGGCAAAUUUGACGACUUCGUGCGGCAGUGGUACAUCAGCGUCGGCGUUGGCAUCUCGACGACCAUGAUCAUCAACGCGGUCUCGCCGCAGAUCGGACCGAUCUUGCAAACGUACGUCAUUCGGCCGUUGCGGCGGUCGCGAGCGCUCAAGGCCGCAGUGACGCAAAAGCAAAUGAACGACUUGUUCGCGGGCCCGGCCUUUGACAUUUCGCUGCGGUACCCGCUCGUGCUCAACACGGUGUUUGUGACCAUGAUGUACUGCGGGGGUAUUCCCGUGCUGCUUCCCGUCGCCGCCCUCGCGUGCCUUGUCAUGCAUCUUCUCGAUAAACUGACCAUCAUGAAGCUUUACUCGGUCCGCACCGCCUACGACGAGGCGCUCGGCGAGCUCUCGCAGGCGAUGCUACCGUUUGCUCUCUUGCUGCACCUCGGUUUCUCAACGUGGAUGUACGGCAACAGCAUGUUUCUCCAGUCGGGCUUGUUGAACGUGUCGUGGGUUCUGCGCGAAUUCGGCGUCCCAUCCAACUCGACCAACACCAACGACCUCUACGACGAGCUCCAAGCUGCCGUGAGCCAGUACGAUCCGCUCGGCUCAGCGGGCCUCUCGUCCAAGAUCUGGCGUCUCAACGUCCUUCCCAUCUUCCUCUUCUUUCUCGUCGCGCUCGUGCUCUUCUUUUUGUCGCAGUUUUUCGGCGCUUUCUUGUGGCCGAUCCUGGAAAAGCCACUGUAUUGGCUCGCGACCGGCGUCGCCAACUCGUGUUCGUCGACGCUCAAGAAGACGCUCAUGCACAGCAAGCGCAAGUACUCGGGCGAAACGCCGCUCGUGUCGCAGUACCCGGACUUCACUGGCGAGUACCAGGUCCUCGCCACGGCCAAGUCCGUCGACAGUGCGAAAGGCUACGAGCUCCAAGAGAACGGGAUCUUGAUUCGCAAGUGGAUCGUCGACUCGGACGUGCGAAGCAAAGGCGACCGCAUGCUCACGUGGGAGGCCAUGUCGGCGCCCGUCAAGACGUACUCGAUCCACGCCAACCCCAAGUAUAUGAAUGCGAUGAUCGAGCUCUCGAACGCCCGCGAGCGCGCCGAGAACGAGGAUUUGAGUGAGAGCGAGCAGACAAAGCACGUCAACAAACUCAAGAAACCGACGCGCUCAGGCACGGUCGUGCCUGUAGAGUAGUCUUACUUUUCUUCCGCGUAUGUGUAAAACCCCUGCGCGUACUUGACGCCAAA